AUAAAAGAGGAUUUCAGAAAUCACUAGCAGGUCAAAGUUGGAUAUAGGAUUGUUCUACGCACUGUCUGGUUGGGAUUUGAAAUACAUUACAAUGUUUACUAGUAGAGGGCACAAUCAAAUGGAGCAUUCAGAUUUUAUCUGGAUAGUGUCUGAUAGUUAAGUAUUUGAUGAUGAUGAUUAUGAAGACAUGCUGUCCUCUUUUACUGUUAUUUAGUAAUGCAUGUGUUAAGAAAUGAUACAUUAUUUCCUCCGGUGUGAUAUCACAAAACACAGGACAAACCAAGGCUGUAGAGACAAUACAGAGAAAUAGUCUCCCUCCAUGCUGUAAUGAUUCUGUGAUUCUAUGAUUAGUCAACAGUAAGUGGAACAAUGUAUUUCCGUAGGCUUUUUAUUCAUCCAGUGCUGGUAAUUAGUGCCUAUACAUCCUUAUUCCUGAACAGAGAAGACUGUCAGGAAUUAAACACAUGCACAUAUCUGGACUGAUAUGCUCUCUCUUUUCCUCAUUUCUGAUGAAGGACCUUCAAUAUAAAAAGUCAACAGCAUCUCUUUGCACAGAUGCUUUCAGACCUGCUGAGUUUUUCCAGCAAUUUCCGUUUUUAUUUCAGAUUCCCAGCGUCUGUAUUUGAUUUGAUUUUCAUUCACAUAUAUUCUAGACCGGUUAAGCACAAUAUAUAUCUAUCCCGAAGUACAUUUGGACACCAGAUGAAUUUUACAAUCUGGUACUUCGUGGUUAUUGUUACAAAUGUAAUUACUUAUAUUUAAAUUCCCUAGUUGCCUUGGCGAGAGUCCAACACCAUUUUCCGAAACCAUGGUGCAGAAUCAGGACUGCCAGCCCAGCAACUACGUUCCCGUCCCUCGUCUCAUAAACCAAUGUAUUCAGAUAUUCGACAAAAUAGCUUGACACGUUUCAUGUACUAUUCUGAUAAGUCUUAAGUUCUUAAAUCGAUGGUCGGAUAUGUACUACUUUCCCACAAGUUAUUAUGAAUCGCAAAGCAACGACUUCCGCAGCCACAUGAGGCAGUCGCCGAAUAAUCAUAGGAUGGGAGUGAUGUAUUAACUACACGUAAACAUAAUUUAUUUCAUUAUAGUUUAGUUAAGGGAAUGCAAACGGAAUUGGUAAAGGCCGAAAAUUGUACAACACAUACUUCGCAACUUCCCUGUAGCCCGUUUUAUAUAAUAGGCCAACCAAAAUCAACUCUGCAUUAUUUUAGUAAUAAUAGAUACUGUCCAGCAAGCCCCGAUCUUACAGUAUUGCUUUGAUUGUACAGUAACUAUAUGAAAAAUAAAUUUUAAAAUGCAAAAGGCCUUAUUUAAGGCAAAGUAAGCUGCAGAUAAAAGUCCGCGAGUGCGGGGGCAAACUGCAGGCGGAAAGUGAGUUAAUAAAUUGUAUGCGAAUUUAAUACUGGAUUAACCCAGUUCUCCAGGGAUAGUUUGCAACACCUCGUGAUGAAUGCACUUUUUCUAGUAUUUUCACAUUGUUUUUCAUAAUUAAAAAUACCAAAUGAUUACGAUUUUUUCUUCUCGUGGGAGCGUGCAAGCCUUUAUAAAGUAGCUUCGAGGUUACAGAAACGUAACAAUCAUUCGAGGUUGAAGAAGCGUAAUAUUAAAACUGAAUGUACGGCUUGGUGGCAAAAUAACAGAAAGUCACAAACUGCAAAGCAAGUGGUACGGUAAACAUCAGAAAAGAUGACUGGAUUUGAUGCAACGUAUGUGGAUAUCGGUACGAUCUCUUGCCCCCGCCCUCCCUGCAACCAGGGCGUCGCGCGCCCCGGGUGUGAGUCCGAGCACGCGCGACACCAGCAGUGAUCGAGCUCGCGCUCCUUUCAAAUCGAUUCCAUCCCCAGAGAGAGGAAAAAAAAGCCAGGAGCUAAAAAUAGACAAGCCGUUUUGCCGACUAGCACCCGGAUUGGCGGGCGGCGGUCACGUGCCCAACGGCCACCUCUCCCUCCCUCGGCUCCGUCUGUUUUAGCUUGUUUGUUCAGCGAGUGUCAGUGAAGCGAGCAAACAUGGCGGAAUCCCUCGGCAACCGACACUGAUCGCCUCCGUGUUGCUGCGUGGCCAGACGCCUGCCGAGACCCGUGCCGAUUUCAAGCCCGUUCUCUCACCUUCGCCGCCAACUGCAGUUUUUGCAGGUUCACAGUUGGAAGUGGAGUGAAGAAGAUACCUAGUUUGGAAAGUAGUUCUUUGGCUGAAGAACAGGAUGCAUUACUGAUCAAGAAUUUAGUAAUUUACCAAAUUUGUAUGUAUUCCUGGAGCCCUUGGGGGCUGUCAUUUUAUUUGCUCGGAAAAUUUGAUCCAUUGUUAUUUGCUGCAUCUGUGGACUGUCUAAAUGAUGACCUCUCAAAGCCAUUCAGCUCGAACCUCUCGCUAUGCUUCCAAAGAAAAAAGUCGUGCUGCACAUCAACAGUUGAUAUAAGCACAGCACUGCCUCAAGUCCAGACCAGUACACCAAUGGAUCUUCGGCUUGAUCAUCAGUUUUCAGUGCCAGCAGCCGAUCCCAGUGUGCGAGAGCAGCAGCUACAACAGGAACUGAUUGCUCUGAAACAAAAACAACAGAUCCAGCGGCAACUUCUUAUCGCAGAAUUUCAAAGGCAGCAUGAGCAACUCUCACGACAACAUGAAGCCCAACUACAAGAGCACAUAAAGCAUCAGCAGGAUUUGCUUGCAUUGAAACACCAACAGGAAAUUUUGGAACAACAGCGUAAACUGGAGCAACAUCGCCAGGAACAAGAGAUCGAAAAACAACACAGAGAACAGAAACUACUUCUGUUGAAGAAUAAGGAAAAAGGAAAAGAAAGUGCAGUAGCAAGCACAGAAGUGAAAUUAAGACUUCAAGAGUUUGUCCUAAAUAAAAAGAAAGCUGCGGCACAUAGGGCAAUAAACCAUUCCAUUCCAAAUGACCCAAGAUAUUGGUACGGAAAAACCCAGCAUGGUUCAUUAGACCAGAGUUCUCCACCUCAAAGCAGCAUGUCUGCCUCAUACAAUCAAACAGUCCUAGGGAUGUAUGAUCCCAAAGAUGACUUCCCACUCAGAAAAACAGCAUCUGAGCCAAACUUAAAGGUACGGUCCAGACUAAAACAGAAAGUGGCAGAGAGAAGAAGUAGUCCUUUACUACGGAGAAAAGAUGGCAGCGCCAUAACCACUCUUAAAAAAAGACCCAUGGAUGUUCCAGAUUCGGCUUGUAACAGCGCUCCUGGAUCUGGCCCAAGCUCGCCCAACAACAGUUCCAACAACAUCACUACAGAAAAUGGGAUAGCUGGGCCAGCCACCAGCAUCCCAUCUGAGCCUGCUUUAGCUCACAAAAUUGUUGCUCGAGAUGGCUCUGUGACGCAAUUGCCGCUGUAUACGUCACCAUCCUUGCCCAACAUAACUCUAGGUCUUCCAGCCACAGGUCCUGCCAGUGGAGCCUCUGGACAGCCAGAGGGUGAUAGAGUGAGCAUGCAAGGACUCCCAUUGAACACUCCAUUUAUUGCUGGUGCUCAUUUGCCGCACUACAUUGCAACGGCAUUGGAUAAAGAUGGCUCUGGUGGACAUCAGCCUCUUUUGCAGCAUAUGGUCUUGUUAGACCAGUCUACACCACAGAGUCCCUUAGUAACUGACUGGUAUCUUUCAGGAUUAGGAGCGUUGCCUAUUCAUCCACAGUCGCUUGUUGGCCCAGACAGAGUUUCACCUUCUAUACACAAGCUUAGACAGCACCGUCCUUUAGGGAGAACACAGUCUGCACCCCUGCCACAGAAUGCUCAAGCCCUGCAACAGUUGGUCAUACAGCAGCAACAUCAACAAUUCCUGGAGAAACAUAAGCAGCAGUUCCAGCAGCAACAGAUUCAUAUUAACAAGCUGAUUCCAAAACCUAGCGAGCAGCCCAGACAGCAUGAAAGUCACCCUGAAGAAACAGAAGAGGAGCUCCGAGAGCACCAGGCCAUGCCAGAAGAACAGUAUUCCGAAAGAGGGAUCGACCAGAGUGAGUCAGCUACUAUGAGCAAAGUGGUGCAGGUCAAACAAGAACCAAUAGAAAGUGAUGAUGAUGAUGACCAACGAGAGGAACUGGAGCUGGAGCAAAGAAAGAGACAGGCAGAACAACAACAGGAGCUACUUUUCAGACAGCAAGCCUUGCUUCUGGAGCAGCAACGUAUUCAUCAGCUUCGCAAUUACCAAGCAUCUAUGGAGGCAGCAGGGAUCCCUGUGUCCUACAGCGGACAUCGUCCCCUAUCCCGGGCGCAAUCAUCGCCUGCUUCCGCCACUUUUCCUAUCUCUGUUCAAGAACCACCCAGUAAACCUCAAUUCACUACAGGUCUGGUGUAUGAUACCUUGAUGCUGAAGCAUCAUUGCACAUGUGGGAAUACAAAUAUCCAUCCUGAGCAUGCCGGAAGAAUUCAGAGUAUCUGGUCUCGACUCCAAGAGACAGGCCUACGCAGCAAAUGUGAGUGUAUCAGAGGAAGAAAGGCUUCAUUGGAAGAACUACAAACUGUUCAUUCAGAGCAGCAUGCAUUACUGUAUGGCACAAAUCCAUUGAACAGACAGAAGCUGGACAGUAAAAAACUGCUAGGUUCCAUCACCCCAAUGUUUGUUAUGCUUCCUUGUGGCGGACUUGGAGUGGACAGUGACACAAUUUGGAAUGAAAUCCAUUCAUCCAGUGCUGCACGUUUAGCGGUGGGUUCUGUGAUUGAGCUCGUUUUCAAAGUUGCAACUAAGGAAUUAAAGAAUGGAUUUGCGAUUGUGAGGCCUCCUGGUCACCAUGCCGAGGAGAGUACACCAAUGGGAUUCUGCUACUUCAAUUCCGUGGCCAUUGCUACUAAACUCCUACAACAGAGGUUGAACAUCAGUAAGAUUCUUAUAGUGGACUGGGAUGUACAUCAUGGUAAUGGCACCCAGCAGGCUUUCUACAACGAUCCCAAUGUGUUGUACAUUUCACUGCAUCGCUAUGAUGAUGGCAACUUCUUCCCAGGCAGUGGGGCCCCAGAUGAGAUUGGAACUGGCGCAGGUGUGGGAUUUAAUCUUAAUAUGGCUUGGACUGGUGGUUUGGAUCCACCAAUGGGUGAUGCUGAAUAUUUGGCUGCAUUUAGGACAGUGGUGAUGCCCGUUGCUAAUGAGUUCGCUCCUGACAUGGUGCUUGUAUCCUCUGGAUUUGAUGCAGUGGAGGGACAUCCAGCCCCUCUUGGAGGCUACAAAGUCUCUGCUAAAUGUUUUGGCUACCUUACCAAACAGCUGAUGGGUCUGGCUGGAGGCCGUGUCGUGCUAGCCCUGGAAGGGGGCCACGAUCUCACUGCCAUUUGCGAUGCCUCAGAAGCAUGUGUUUCUGCUUUACUUGGAAAUGAGCUUGAACCAUUUUCACAAGACAUAUUACAGCAAAGACCAAAUCCCAAUGCUGUUCAAUCCAUUGAGAAUGUAAUCGAAAUACAGAGUAAAUACUGGAAGUCACUCCAGCGAUUAUCCUCCACAGUUGGCUACUCACUGAUAGAAGCCCAGAAGUGCGACAAGGAAGAAGCUGACACAGUGACAGCUAUGGCUUCAUUGUCAAUGGGAGUUAAACAAGGGCCUGAUGCUGAGAAAAGGCCAGAUGAUGAGCCCAUGGAGGAAGAGCCACCAAUGUAGUUGCCAGCUGGAGUUCUCUCUUUUGCACACAAUAUCUUUAUUUCUCUAACUCUGCCAGACUUCAUUCUAUAUCUCCUGUGUCCUGCUGUGGUGUUCUUCCAGAAUACAAGGACAACUGGGCAAAAUGCUGGCAAUAAACAAAAAGUAAAAGAUUUUUUUUACCUCUGUCCAUCCUGAAAUAGGUUUGUGGGACAGCCAGCAUUUACUUUGGCAGAGUCACGAAGGAGGUGUAAUCUCAAAAGCUCUGCUCUGAGUUUACCUACUCAAAAGUUCUCCUGUCUCAGGCAGUCAACCACUGUUUCUAUUGUUCUUGUCCUUUAACGAAGAAGUUCAUGCCAUCUAUGAGUCCAGAUGCAUUGAUUGUAAUCUCAACAAAACCAAGUGGCAUAUAGUAAUAAUUCGAAGAACAUUACAAUGUGGUGAGAAAGACUAUAUUGGAAUGGAAGAGACGCAUGGGGUAUUUUCUGAGAAGCCCUUUGAAGACAUGAGUGUAUGUGCCUUUUUAACAACAGAUGGUUGCUGACUUUUGAAUUGGGGAGCAAUGCCUUAAAAGUGUGGAAAUAAUUCCUCCACUGUUGUGAUGUGGAAAAGAUGGUGGUGAAGCCUCUUUCCUGGCAUGCGUGCAAAAAAGGUCCAGUCAUUAGCUGGAUUUUCAUACCUAGUUGGAGUACCAUUUUUGCUGUUUUUUCCAAACAAAACCUAGCCUAUUUUAAGGUAGUUGCCAGUCCAGAGUGGCAGAUUAUACUGUUGAAUAUUGUCAGGUUAUCAUCAAAGCCUGCUUGACUUAUUAUGCUGGGUUUAUAUAACACUGAGUAGUAUAGGGAAUCAACCAAUAACAAAGCAUGUGUUAGGUUGACUUGCAAACAUGUUUAAAGAUUGGAAUGUUAAUCAAAAGCAUGACACAGGACUUGUUUCCAACUUCCACUUCUGAGGUCCUCAUUUCUAAUAGAAGCUGAAAACAUAAACCAAUAAUAAUCUGUUAUCCAUUAGACAAUAAGAGGGGUUUUUUUGUGAAAAAAGACCAGGUAAUUUGUUAAUAGUACAGGAGAUAAUCAUGUACAAAUGUUUCCUUAACAGACCAAGUUUGAUUUUAUUAUGUGGGCACUUAUAAAGGAAAUGAUGGCUUUUACUGAAGAUGAGAGAAGAUGGAUUGUGGACACUUAGAAGAGCACCUCACUAUGAAUGUUUGUGGUCAGACUUGGCAACUACCUUAACCAUUGCAUUUUUUAUUUGUGUUUAUUUUUACUCCUGGUAAACCAUUUAACAAAAUAUUAUCUACUUUUUAUAUAAAGAGAUCCUUAUGUUUUUAAAUCAUGUUUCAUAAGACCUAAUAACUUGCAUUUUUUAAUUACUUUUUGGAGAGAAUUCCAGUUACUUUACCCACUGAUAUUUCGAUGAAUUUUUUUUAACCUUUCUUUUGUGAUUACUCCUUGGUUCCAGUCUAAUUUUAAUCUUCUGUAUUCUCCCCCACCCCCUACAUGGAACAUAGCUUUUUGAUGGCUUAAAGAAGUGUACUGGACAUUUUCAGGAGGGUGUACUUUGAGUGAGGGAUCUUGUUCAAACUUUGUGUAACAAUUCCAGUUGGUGUAUAUUACUAUAUGUUCUGUUAUAAGUAGAUUUAUAAAUGAAGUCUUGUAAGAAUAGUAUUGCAAGGUGAUAUCAUACCCAUUUAAAUAUGAGUAAUACUACAGUGAUACUAUAUUUGAUAUUUGUAACUGGUUGCACUGCAGAAGGCUGCCAUUUGCUAAGGGGGAAUUAGCAUUAAGGUUUUCAGUUGUUCCACUCUGAAAACAAGAAGGAAGAGUGAUCUUUAUUUUGUUGGACUGGUUGUUUUUACAUUGUGGUCCAGGAGCUGUGCUUACCAGCUAUUGACAGGGGUGGAAAGAGCUUGGCCCUGAGCCCUUGGUUGAUUCCAUUCUGCAGGUGCUUGGGUUGGCCCCAGAAUGUGACUAAUGCUGGCUGAGGAUUGGGCUGUAAAACAGCAUUACCACUGGAGUGUGGGAGAAGGCACACUGUCCUGCCAUCUGUUAAUGUACACAAGCACGCUCACUCCAGAAUUUAUGGGACAACUGACAUGGGGGUCAUUAACUAGUAACUUUUUUCUCUGAGUAAAUGGUUUUCAUUCCUCCUUUUUGUAAUGGUUGCUUGAAGCUUAAUGAAUUUAGCUCUGUGAGGAGUAUGUGGAGCAUGUGUGCGUGUGGGAGACGUUUGGCAACACUGAAUAAGGGCACUACUGUAUUUUUGUUUUAAAACAGAUUUACACAACAUAAAAUAUAACCAGCUGUAAUCUUUAAGAUGGUGUUCCACACUUUCUAUAGGAUUAUGUAUGUUUGAUUGCAAAGCAAUUAACACAUCAAUUCUGUGACUUUUAAGAAACUGUUUGCAUCUACUCUUGAUGUUAAACAUUCCUUUAAAUAAGUGGAGUUAAGUAUUCAUUCCUUCUUUUGAUAAGAUGAAUUUAAACAUUGUUUUUAAUGGGCCCAUUGUUUGUUUUAUUUCAAGGGGCAUUGAUCUUUAUUUUCAUUUAGGGGAGUCAGUGAGCUUGCAUGUGCCACAAACAGAAGAUACCAUUUGUUCUGUACAGGUAUGCACGCAAUUUGCAUCAAGUUAUUUCUGGGGCAGUUUACCAAGUUUUGCUUUUUUUUCCUUGGCAUCUGCAGACGAGGAUUGACAAUUUUUUUUCUGAUGAACAUACCAGAUAACCUCAGAAGGAGAUGCAUCUUUUAUUAAAAUAUCUUCAAAUAUCACUCUUUAAUACUGUUAUUAAUUGAUACUUAAAUUUGACAAAAAAAUAUCUAGCACUUGUGUCAUACAAAUAGACUAUUGCAUAAUCUGCAUAUAAAAUUUUAAGAACACAGUAAAGAAUACUUGUAAAACUGUUAACUGCCUGUGUUGUCUUGGGGCCAACCCUUUUGAGACAAGCAAUUUUUUUCUGGACUAAGUAUUUAAGAUCAUAAACAAUUAACCUUUCAGCGCAGCUGUUCUUUAUCUCUGCCACCAUAAAUUGUGUAGCGGUAAUCCACUUAGCAGUUGUGUAUUGUGAUCGAUGUGGAUGAAUAUUUACAAAGAAAGGUUUUUUUGGGAGUGAUAUUGUUGUUACGAUGCAGGAGUGAUGGCUACCUGACAGCCUCACUUUCCUUUGUUUUGAUAUUGACUGCAAAGUAUCACGUUACAGUGUAUUACAUUUUGUGCUCCAUAGUGGAGGCGCCUUUUGUUUUCUUUUCCAAUUUGAGGGGAGGAAAGAGUGACAGAAGAGUUUUAAAGUUAGUUCACCCAAAAUCUUUUAUUUCAGGUAUGUAGUAAUGAAAAUUGUAACUAUAUUUUAUCCUUCUUUGUACCUAUCCACACACGAAAUGAUGCCACCUUUGUUAUCAGUACCAGUAAACUGAUUUUCUGUAUUUUAGCCACAAUCAAUUAUUGUAUGAACCUACUUUAUUGGUGAUAGCCUUAUUGUGGUAGCUUUUGAUGGUCUUCAUUUGCCUGUUGAAAUGGGUCAGCCUUUCAGACUGACUAAUGGUGUAUCUCCUUGACAGUACAGACUUCAUUUUUGACUUUAUUAGGAGUCCAGUAUUUUGUACCACAUUAUGACAACUUGCUAUUGUGGUGUAAAUAAAACUAAUUACAACAUCACAUUUAAAGCUGUGCUUUCC